CAACAACUCCAAAAAUAACGAAUUUGUCUUAUAUAAAGUCUCAGUCUUCAAUCAAGAAGAUGGUAAUUCGAAUAGAUCAUUCCAUUGUAUUCGUCACUACUACUUCGUCAUUGGCAUCACCGCUUCUCAUCAUCUCAAAAUAAACCCUGCUCAAAUCUGACUUUGCACCAUGUCGAUCGUCAUGAACCAUAUCAAGAGCUUCCUAUCAGGAAACUCAGUUACAAACUCGCCAAACCAAUACUACUCGACAUCUGCAAAGAACGCAAACUCCUAUCAACUACAAACUACAUCACACAAUGAUCCAACUCCUCCACCGCCAUAUUCAGGACCUACCUAUGAUCAACACACGCCAAAGCCAGUUAUCCUAGAAUUCCAGCGGCCGUCGCAACAAGGCUACCGGGUAUCUCGGCCAGAGGGCAGGAAUGGCCAGCGAUUUCUAUAUCGUCAUGAUUGAAACAUUCUUCUGUCACUAGAAGAAAUGAUACCCUACCAACUAUCUUCCUAUCCCCCGAGGUUCAAAGCUCUCUCUAGAUUGCUUCCAGACUCUUUGCGGAUAUCAUGCAUUUAUAGCGAAAUACCCCGCUGUGGGUACUGCUUCAGGCACCAUCAUCACUGAAUCGGUUGGAAGAGAGUGGGGUCCAGGGCCAACAUGAAAACGGAAGGAAAAAUCUGAAACUUGAAGGAAUAGACAAUCUCAAUCUCGUUCCAGGAUUGAUCGGCAUAUAGGGUCGAUGCUACAGGGUGCGGGACCCAACAAGGCUAUAAAUUAGAGUGUAACUGUAACGUCCAAACAGGGCUGAAGUUUCGUAUCAAUUGAACUCUCGUCAUACUCGUCCACUUUUUCAACCGGCUGUUUUUUUCUUGGAGGGCGAAUCUCUUUGACUCAGGCGCUAUCAUCACGUGAAAUGAGACCCU